AUGCUCAAGCGAAUCUGGAGCAGGCAGAGCGAGCCCCCGGUUCCCCCUGUUCCGCCGGAUACUCCUACCUCCAUUCACACCUCCACUGCCGUCGAGCCGGUCUCAUCGGAGACGACACCGACAGUCGAGACCGGUCCAGAGGAUGAGGGAGCACCAGCCGAGGAAGUACCAGCCGAGGGAGAAGGGGAGGAUGGGGAGGAAGGAGAGCGAGAUGAGGAUAAGUCACGCGGCAUGAAACGGCCCAGCAAACGCGCAACGGCGGCCGAGAUGAGGGGCGAGUUGGCCAGAUUGGGGCUGGAGAGUAAAGGCAAGCGCGAGACGCUGUACCGCCGUAUCUCAGCUAUCUCUGCUUUGACGUGGAGGGGACAUGCGAGGGAGGCAAGGGGUUCGACUAUCCGAACGAGAUUAUUUCGUGUUGUUACAAUGGGCCGAGGACGAUUCCGAGUCUGGCGAAAGGACGCGCAGACUAGUGACAGUGGACACGUUCCACUCAUACGUUCGGCCGACGUGGCGGCCGAAACUGAGCGAGUUCUGCACAAACUUGACGGGGAUACAGCAGGUGAGCUUUUGGUGCUUCUCCCUACUCUAGCUGACAGAGAGGCGACAGUCGAUGCCGCGCCGACGUUUCCCCAAGUUCUCGUGCGGUUUGAGCACUGGCUCGAUUCGUGGGGUCUCAGAGACGACGGGGGCGGGUUGAGGGGCGCGAUGUGGGUGACUGAUGGACCGUGGGAUCUCCGAGACUUUGUCCCGAAACAACUCCACAUUACACCCACACCGUCCUACCCGGCAUACUUCCAGGGCCGAUACUUGAAUGUCAAGAAUGCGGUCGCGACGUAUCUUGCAGAUCGGGACAAGGGGCUGCGCGUGACUACUGGUCGAGUCAUACGUGCGCCGAAAGACAGGGAUGGCCCCCGCGCACUCAAUAUCCCGGGCAUGCUGGAUGUAAUGGGUCUGGGGCGGUUUGAUGGCCGGCAGCAUUCUGGCAUAGAUCUAACCCCAGGACGCAAGCAACAUUGCCCGCAUCGUCACGGCCCUAGCGGCCCGGGACGUGCUCAUCGAGCCGAAUGCGCGCCUGCCCAUCCCCAAGAAGGCGCGGAGAUGGGACUGGAUGGGCGCCCCGGGCCAGGUGAUCUGGGACGUGCCGCAGGGCCUAUACGAUGGCGAGGGCAUGAGGCGGAAGACGGUUUAUGA